CAUAGUUUGCAGCACUCAUCUGAGAACACAACAUGAAUUCAUGGUGUUUGUCUUGGCUUCUGCUGGGUGAGGUUCUUUUUGUGGUCUCCAGUCUGCCAAUCUCAGAAAACAUUGUAAUAGAUUUAGAUGGCGGCCAGGACAAGGACAUAUUUGACAUCAAUGAAGCUCUGGGAUUGAACCUUUUUGAGGGAGACAUCAAUCUUGAUGGGAGAGACAGAAAUUCCAUUGUUGGUGACGAAUAUAGAUGGCCUCACAUCAUCCCUUAUGUCCUUGAAGAUAGUCUGGAAAUUAAUGCUAAAGGAGUUAUCUUGAAUGCAUUUGAACGGUACCGUUUAAAAACCUGCAUUGACUUUAAGCCAUGGCAAGGGGAAGACAACUAUAUUUCAGUGUUCAAAGGAAGUGGGUGCUAUUCUUCGGUAGGAAAUAGACGUGUUGGCAAACAAACACUUUCCAUAGGAGCCAACUGUGACAGAAUAGCAACAGUUCAACAUGAGUUCCUCCACGCCCUGGGAUUUUGGCAUGAACAGUCCCGUUCAGAUCGAGAUGACUAUGUUAUAAUAAUGAAGGACAGAAUUCAGGAAGGCAAAGAGCACAAUUUCAAUACCUAUGAUGAUAAGGAAUCAGACUCUCUGAAUGUUCCCUAUGAUUACACAUCAGUGAUGCACUACAGCAAAACUGCUUUCCAAAAUGGAACAGAACCAACAAUUGUGACCAGAAUCCCUGAGUUCUUGGAUGUGAUUGGACAACGAAUGGAUUUCAGUGAUUCUGACCUUGAAAAAUUGAAUCGACUCUACAACUGCUCUUCUUCCUUAACUUUUUUGGACUCAUGUGAUUUUGAAAUGGAAAAUAUCUGUGGCAUGAUUCAAAAUUCAGAAGAUAAUACUGACUGGAAAAGGGUUUCACAAGUGCUUGGUGGUCCAGACACUGAUCAAUCAAACAUGGGCAAAUGCCAAGGUUCAGGUUUCUUUAUGCACUUUAACCGCAGCUCUGUGAAUGAGGGGGGAAAGGCAGUUCUAGAAAGCCGAAUAUUUUACCCUAAGAGAGGGUUUCAGUGCUUGCAGUUUUAUUACUACAAUAGUGGUAAUGAAGAUGACAAGCUCAAAAUCUACAUCAGGAAGUACACUUCAGAAAAUGAUAAUGGAUCUCUUACUCUGGUGGAUGAAGUGAAAGAUACAUCCCUUGGGACUUGGCAACUCUAUCAUGUACCAUUGGCAGUUACCACCAAAUUCAGGGUGGUGUUUGAAGGAACACGAGGCAUUGGCACUUCAUCUGGUGGUCUCUCCAUUGAUGACAUCAAUCUCUCAGAAACACGCUGUCCUCAUCAUGUGUGGAAGAUAAGCAAUUUUACACAACUCAGUAAUUCAGAAGAAACUCUCAUUAGCCCUCCAUUUUAUUCUCCUGCAGGCUAUGCCUUUGAGGUUCAAUUAAACAUAAAGGAUCAGACUAAUGUAAGGAUAUAUUUCUCCCUGAUCUCUGGAGCCAAUGAUGAACAAUUACAGUGGCCAUGUCCAUGGCAACAAGCCACAAUGACACUAUUAGAUCAAAAUCCUGAUAUUCGUCAGCGCAUGUCCAAUCAGAGGAGUGUGACUACAGAUCCAUUCCAGACAAUAGAUAAUAAUAAUGAAAAAUUUAUUUGGGACAAGCCCUCCAAGGUAGGAGAGCCAGCAAUUUUCCCUAAUGGAACAUCCUACAGCAGAGGUCCAAAAGUAGGUUAUGUCUACAUAACCCACCAAAGGAUGAGAAGCAGAGAUUUUAUCAAAGGAGAUAAUGUUUAUAUGCUUCUGACUAUGGAAGAUAUAUCACAUCUCAUUUCUACUGAGCCUUCACCUAGCAUUUCCCAGAGACCACCCAAUUCUACCGAGAUAUCACCUAGUCCAGUCACUCCAAUGAAUCCUCAAACAAAUCUCUGUGCGAACGUCACCUGUCAGAAUGAUGGCAUCUGUGUUAUCCGCAAUGACAAAGCAGAAUGCAGAUGUCAAUCAGGUAAAGAUUGGUGGUAUGCUGGAGAAAGAUGUGAGACUAAAGGCUCUACCAGAGAUACCAUAGUUAUAGCAGUUUCAUCCACUAUGGCUGUAUUUGCUGCUAUGCUGAUAGUGACUCUUGUGAGUGUCUACUGUGUUAAGAAGAAGUACAGUAAAGGAAGAAAUACCAAUACAUCAAAUAUAACCUUAGAAAAUAACACAUCUUUCUGAAAACAUUUUGGAAGAUAUUAAACGGCAGCAACAUUGACAAUAAAAAGAAAUUGGAAAAUGCCGUCCCUCCUCUUCAUGGAUUCACCCAGGAAUAAAUUUCAGCUGUGAGAAAUGCAAUGUUGAAAAAUGGCCAUUUUUUGUAACUUAUAAUGAUUUUUUUCUUCUGCUGAAAACAUGUUCUCCGACAAUAAUUGGUAGUAUUGUCAAUGGAUUUUUAUUUUUAUUUUUUGUAAAAGUAAUUCAAUUUUGUUUUGAUGUGUUUGGAAGAAAUAGUUCAGGCUGUUUAUGAGAAAACUUCCUGCCCACCACUGGUCUUUUCAACUCCUUAGAAUUGAUUUAUCAAGUCACCAACCUCUAUUCUUGAGGUUUGAGGAAUGACAUCUCUCUAUAACUCUAGCCUCUGGAUCAUUUAAAGUCAUUAGAAGUAACCUAUUUCUCUGGCUGAGGAUUUGGGAUUGGGUUUAACAAUAAAUGAGAUGAACACUG